GCCAUCGGGCACGCACGCCUCGGUAAAUUCGCCAUUUAUUUUUUAACUUCGUUCGGUUUAUUGUUUUUCCCGGUUUUUGUAUUAACGAGUGAUCAAUGCAAUGACUAUUGUCAGUGGCUCAGAGUGCAGCAGGAGACUUUCACCCAGAGCAGCAAAUUUUUGCACAAUGGGAAAAGCGACAGUUCUGGUGAUUUUACUGGUGUUGAGUAAUGCGCUAGGGGAUGACGCAAGUCCGACACCUUCGGCAGCAGAAACCCUUGGUAAUUUGUACCGACAGGCUCGCUCUGAGAUGUAUUACGGAAGUAGAUAUGCGACUGAAGGCUCAUCCGUGACUUCUGGUGCUAUUGGAAUACGCGGUGAACCAGAGCACCGCGAUGCUGCUUACUACGAGUCACGUUGCAUCACCUGUGACCCUAACAAGUCCGCAGGCUCCGACAGAGGAUGGAGACAGAGAAAUCGAUACGAUUAUUACGACGACGAUUAUUUCGGGGAUAAGAGGGACCGAGAUCGUUACGACAAUUCUCUACCCGAGAUGGCAAGAGGCUCUUACGAUUAUGACCGGAUGAGACCUGCUUAUGAUUACGAUAGGAUGAGAGGUGGGUACGAUUAUGACCGGCCGAGAGGGCCUCCUUUCGACUACGAUCGGAUCAAACCACAAUCUCAGGACUAUGACCGCUAUGAUCCAUACCUCAGGCGUGACAUGACAAGACCCAUGAGCUAUCCAGAUCGGUACGACGUGCAGACCGGUAGAGAUCGUUACUAUGACAGUGGUAAGUACGAUCAUAACGUCGAUCGCUAUCCAGAGCGGGGAAACGGAUACGACAACCUGGACCAGAGGCACCUUUACGCAGCACGAUACGAUCCUUAUUCCUCUCGUAGACGACCAAUGGAUGACAGCUACAUCAACAGAUACGAUCGGUACAACCGAAAUUAUCCGUCAAGGUAUGACCCGUACGAGCGUUAUGAUCCGUACUGGGAGCGAAGUUAUAACCGUCGUCCAUACGAUGAUCGAUACGAGCGUUAUCCAAUUCGAGAUCGACCUGAUUCCCGUGGAUAUUUCUCGUCUGGGGUGUGGGGACCGGGAUAUGAAAGAGGUUACGCCAGUAGUUGGAAUUACCUUGGUCCCAGAGACAGUUGGCGAGAAACUGGCAGAGACAGAGAGCCAGGGGAGCGUUGGAGGGACUUGGACAGAGAUCGCGAUGGGUCUUAUCGACCUAGGGAUUAUUUCCAUGACAGCACAGCAUCGCCUGGUGGUUCUCGUGGCACUAGUUAUAUCUACGAUCGGCCAGAAUCCUCGACCAAGCCAGACUCAACAGAACGCGACAAGCCAACGAGCUCACCGCAGACACAAGAUAAUAAAGUGUACAAGGAUUAAAGAACACUUCAGUCAAUUCAAUAGACUCAGUGCAUUUUUCGUGACUAUUUUAAAGAAAUCUCAAUUUAUUUUCUAGUUGUAAUACCUAUUUAAGAUUUAGUGUUUUGUCGAAUUUCUACGGUGCAAUGACCUCAAGGAAACUAAUGAGAUUAAAAAUAAAGUCUUGAUAAUUGAAA